GUUAUUUUAGUUAAAUUUCUCUUUUUAAAUAGGGAGUAAACAAUUGGGGGCCUGGUUUCCGUAAACCUGAAUCGCAUGGUUCCAGACCUCAUCGCCUCAAUUAUCGCCCCCUCUGCCGUCCAUUGAGUCUUGAUCUUCUUCAUCAAAGAAGGCUAACAGAGAAGGCUCUAAUGGCGAAAAGGCAACGACUUUCCAAUAAUUUUGCUCUAAAGAAGUGCUCGAAACAAGAGGAUCGCAUUAGUCAGCUGCCAGAUGAUAUUCUGGUACAUAUAUUGUCUUUCCUCAACAUUAAGGAAGCAGCAGACACCAGUGUCCUAUCCAAGCGGUGGUUACCCUUAAGUAGAUAUGUUCCUCGCCUUGAUUUUGAUGCUACUGCACCAUUAAACCAAUUGUGUCUGAAUACGAAGCUACGGAAAAUGCUUAGGAAAAAGUAUGUCACAUGGGUCAACCAUACUUUGUGCAAGUGCAAAGUUCACAGAUUAGAUCAAUUUCGUGUUCGUUUUGAUAUAAACAAAUCCGCCCAACGUGACAUUGAAAAAUGGCUCGAGUUUUCCUUUGCUAGGCAAGUUAAAAGGCUAGAGUUGGACUUGUUGAGACAAGGGUGGUGCGUCCGAUAUUCCGACCGUUGUUAUACUUUUCCUGAUGUCCAUAAGUUGCCACCUCUUUUGCAUAACUUUAAGUCUUUAAAGGUACUUUCGUUGAAGAGCAUAAAUGUGACGGGGGAAGUUCUUGAGUUCUUCCUUUAUAGUUGUCCAUCUCUUGAAGAAAUGGUGGUUCUAGGAUCGUAUACGUUGGUAAAUCUUGAAGUCGUUGGUCCUUCCCUCAAGUUGAAACACUUGGAGAUAUGGGAAUGUAAAUCUGUGAAGUCACUUAAAAUUUGUGAUACAAACCUUGUAACACUUCGGACUUCAGCAGGACACAAAUUAUUGCUUUUUAAUGUUCCAAUGCUGAUUGAGGUAGACAUUUGCGGUUUACAGCCCACACGAAUGCUACAUGAAUUAUUGCCUUUUGCUUCCCACGUUCUCUCUCAGCUUGAGGUCCUAAAGAUACAUUCUUUUGAUGGAUUGGAGUGUUUGGAGCAUUACACGGUCCCAGUACUUCCCAUGCUCAAGAAAUUUGUCAUAACUGUGUCAGCACGGGGAGAUGUGACUCUCUUAGGUUGCACGAAUGUUAUAGCGGCUGCUCCACAGUUGAAGGAAUUUGAGUGUAAGUUGUGGUGGUCCAAACUGUUGAGGUCCAAAAGGGAGUGUAGGAAGGUCAUAAGCCGCCCUCUCCAUAACCUCAAAUUGGUCAGGUUGUUGGGAUAUUAUGGGCGUACAAGUGAACUAGAACUCGUCAGGUAUUUUUUGGAAAAUGCUGUCGCGCUUGAGAAAAUCAUUGUUGAUCCUCGCAAUAAAAUUGAUCUUCCUGCCGUGUUCUUGAGAACAAUUGAAAGUGAGGUGCAAAUCGGAAGAGAUUUUGCUAAGCUCCAGCUUGAAAGUGAAGUGCCUUCUCAUAUUGAGUUGGUCAUACUGUGAUAUAUAAUUGCAAGAAUAAUUCAUACUUCAUCCAUCCCAAAUUUAUUGGUCUAUUUCACUAUUCAAAAAUCACCAAUUUUUUUUGUUUAUUUGUGAUUUUCAUUGCUAAUUUGAUAUACAUUAUUAAAGUCACCUCUUAUUU